CUUUGACGUCACAUGGCCCAGCCUUGUCUCGGCUCCUGGGGCUGGUCUGAUUGGAGGGAAACCCCGUGGAUUAGCCCGACCGCCCGUGAGAAUCAGCUGUGAGCCGCGGUUAGCUUAGCUCCAACAGGACCAUCGUUAUUCCCAGACACUCAGCACUGAGCAGCCAUGGACAAGAGCGAGCUAGUGCAAAAAGCCAAGCUGGCCGAGCAGGCAGAGCGCUAUGAUGACAUGGCAGCCGCAAUGAAGGCUGUCACUGAGGGUGACGUUGAACUGUCUAACGAGGAACGCAACCUGCUCUCGGUGGCUUACAAGAACGUGGUGGGUGCCCGCCGCUCGUCCUGGAGAGUGGUCUCCAGCAUUGAGCAGAAGACGGAGGGCAGCGAUAAGAAGCAGCAAAUGGUCAAGGAAUAUCGGGAAAAGAUCGAGAAGGAGUUGAAGGAGAUCUGCAAUGACGUACUGGUUCUUCUGGACAAGUACCUCAUCCCCAAGGCGACCCCAGCUGAAAGUAAAGUCUUCUAUCUGAAAAUGAAAGGCGAUUACUAUCGCUACUUAGCGGAGGUGGCUGUGGGAGAGGAGAAAAGCUCUAUCAUUGCCAAUUCACAGGAGGCCUACAAGGAUGCCUUUGAAAUCAGUAAGGCAGAGAUGCAGCCCACACACCCCAUUCGUCUGGGCCUUGCGCUCAAUUUCUCCGUAUUUUAUUACGAGAUUCUCAACGCGCCCGACCAGGCCUGUAAGCUUGCCAAAACGGCUUUUGAUGAGGCAAUUGCAGAGCUUGAUUCACUGAAUGAAGAAUCAUACAAAGACAGCACAUUGAUCAUGCAGCUACUGCGGGACAACUUGACACUGUGGACUUCAGAUAACCAGGGUGACGGCGAGGACACCGAGGAGGGCCGGGAAAACUGAGUCUCGCUCUGUCCGUCCUUCCCCUGUUAUUCACCUGCCAUCGUUCCAGCUCACCAUCAACACUGAGACCACCUCAUCGUCAACUUCUGUCUCUUUUAGUUCUUUUACUCUCGCGCCUUCCUUGCUUUCUUCCUUCCCUGUCAUUGUGGGGUUUUUUUCUAAGGAUUUGUGUAACGGGAGGUGGGUGGGAGGGGUCAAAUGGGGGGCGGGUGGGCGUCGGGAUGCGGCCGGGGCGGGGGUACUGGGAGGGGAUGAGGUUUGUCUGCUGUUAACCUUGUUUUCUCCGUGGGGAGCUCUAGGUUGUUGCAUCAUUAGCGUGGAAGAAAUGCGGGUGAGGCAAGUUCUCAGCUCAUGCAAAGUUGCAAGUUAAACCCUUUUGUUAUUCGUAUACUGUAUGUAAAUCUCUGUCGAGGAGUCAUUUGUCAUGGUCAUUAUGUACACCUGCAAUUUAGCGUAUGCAUUAUAACAGCCCUUGUCUUCGAGUAGAGGUGGGGAUAGCAGUGCUAGUCUUUAGCUAGGAAGAAGCAACGGCAGCGUCACGCGCCAUACAGUGAACUGCUCGCUCACACGUCCUGCAAAACGAUGGGCAAAAAAGAAGUUACAUUCCAUUUAUUGUCACUUUCAAGUUUCUUAUUCCAGGCAUUUGGUGCCCUGCAAAUGGCAUUUAUUAUUCCCUGUUAAUUACGAGGUAUAGAGGACCCUAAGAACAAAGAGCACAUAAGCUUGAUACUGUUACCGUAUGACUGUACAAGCAGAGCAGUAGGAAAUCCUAGUGUGAUUUAGUUUUCCAGUAAAUGGUUUGUUUUUAUUUUAUUAUUAUUAUUUUUUUUUUUCCAUUUUCCAUUAAUUUUCUUUUGAUACUUGCCUAAUUUGCAUGUGGCUAUGAAGUAGUUAAUAUGGGGAGGAAAGGGAGUACUGUCGGGCUGGCUAGCUUUGUGUCAUGUCUCUGGAAUUUUCAUACAGAACACCCAAGCAUAAAUGUUAUUUGGAGGGAAAAUAUGUAAUUUCAUGUAAGUGGAUUAAAAAAUAAUUUAACACAA